AUGACGCAAACUACGUCCUCCGUCUCUUCGGCUAUGGGCUUUCUGUCACGCUCACUUGGGAUCAUGAAAGGCGUUCAUUGGGACUUCGGAAUGAAUAUUCCGGAUCACAAAUCAGGCGCGUUCCGGUGUUUCGACGGCUGGUUGAGCCACUUCCGCUUCCACAAUCGCUCGUUGUCUCCCAUCCACGUUCGCAUCGUUUACGACGAGAAGAAAACUCCUUCUGGACUUUGUGAACGGGACGAUGACCACUCGAAACUCGUGGAGUUGCACGCUUUACUCAUCCUACUCAGCACUUCAUCUGAAGGAAUAAUUCACUUCCGUUCCCAAUUUUACGAUUGGAUGAAGCUCAUUUGGGCGGCUUUUCAGAAAUUCGAACGGUACGUGGCGCCAGAGUAUUAUUCGAAAGUGCGAGGAUCGAGAGAUAUCGCCCAGGUUCUGUCGCUCGAGUAUCGUGCAUCCAACUCAGCUCAAAAUCCCCCCGAGAACCCGUCCGAUACAAGAUACCCGCCACAAAUUGACACCCUAGCUCACAUCCGGAUAAAGAAUAACCCCAACAUUCUCAAACGUACCGACGGACUACAGAAUCGCAACGAAAAAUCCUGGUUUGAGAAAGUUUUUGGCUCGAAUGUCGAUUUUCCAGAUACUAGUUCACUUUACUCGAAGAACUGGGAAGGUGACGAGCAAGAUGACGACGAAGACGACGAGGAAGACGAGAGUUUAGACGAUGGAGAGAAUGACGACGACGAAGACGACGCUGAAGAAAAUAGAGCGGAGUUCGUGGAGGAGCUGAUGCUGAUGGGGUUUCCGGAAGAUUGGUGCGUGCUGGCGUUAAAGCAAACCGAGAACGAUAUCGUCAAUGCGUCGGCUUGGAUUGUGGACAAUCUGGAAUAUCUGAUGAAGAGAGAAUUGAACCAACUUGACCUUCAAGAUCUGGUCCGCCAGCUGCGAGAAUUCGAGAACACGUUGUCAAUCCUGUACGCUCGUCAGAUUAUGUCCACAGUGUUACAUCAGACAAGACACAGUCGCGAGUUGAGUCAAGGUCGACUGUUAUUCUCUCAGUAUCUCCAGGGGUACGUGGAACUGCUGCACGUUCUACAGGGCGUUACUGGGUUUAACGUGGCCCCAACACCUGCCGCUCAUAUGGUCGCUAGUAGCAGUGGAGAUGCGUCGGAAUCGGAAGGUUGUUUGCUGCUGUAUGACCGCAAACGCACUCGCAGUAGCUUGUUAUCCUUCGCAGACGACAACCUCAGUGUGUCGUACUCUGGGAAUGAGGUAUGGAAAGCUGCGUGCGCCGUCACGAGCUUCUCGACUGGCGUGCAUUCAUGGCUGGUGCGUAUUGAAAAGUCUAGUUCUCCGUAUCUCUUUGUAGGGGUCGCUACUCGACAAGCGAACUUGGAUUCAUUCCUUGGAGCGGACGAUCAAUCCUGGGGUUUUAUUGGCGAUAAAGCACUGUACUACCAGCGGAACCGCAUACGAGCAUACGGCGAGACAUUCACGGAAGGAGAUUGCAUUGGGUUACGGCUGGAUUGCGAGAAAGGCGAGCUUUCGUUUAGUAAAAAUGGAGUGGAUUUGGGUGUGGCGUUCGAUAAUAUUGUGGGUUCAGUGUCCCCCGCUGUGGCCUUUUACUCGCGACAUCAGAAGAUCUCCUUCGUUAAGGAUAGUUGUACCGCCUGA